CACACCACAGUGUUUAGCUUAUAUAUGUAGUGGCCAGAGCAUGCCAUGGUGAAGCAAGCUGAGAAAGAACAUUAUAGUAACAUUAGAGAUAAAGAGAGACAGAGAGAGAAGAAGAAGAAAGAGAUGAAUAUGAUGCAAGAGGAAAACCGAAAAGGUCCAUGGACAGAACAAGAAGACAUCAUUCUGGUUUGAACAGAACAGGAAAGAGUUGCAGGCUAAGGUGGGUUAACUACCUUCAUCCUGGUCUCAAACGUGGCAAGAUGACACCACAAGAAGAGCGUCUUGUCACUGAGCUUCACGCUAAAUGGGGAAACAGGUGGUCAAAAAUAGCUCGGAAAUUACCAGGAAGAACAGAUAACGAGAUAAAGAAUUACUGGAGGACUCAUAUGAGGAAGAAAGCUCAAGAAAAGAAGCGUCAUGUUUCUCCAAGUUCUUCAUGUUCCAAAUGCUGCUCUUCGUCUAUGACCACUACCAAUACUCAAGAUGUGUCUUUUGAGUCACGUAUGUCGUCAGGGAAAGUAAGCUUUUACGACACUGGAGGAAAUAGGGAGAUGAAUCAAGAAGAAACCAAAGACGGAUACUCAAUGGAUGAUAUAUGGAAAGAGAUUGAUCACUCUGCAGUAAACAUAAUUCAACCAGUUAAAGACAUCUAUUUAGAGCAAAGCUAUUGCUUAAGUUACCCCAAUUUGGCUUCUCCAUCAUGGGAAAGCUCCUUGGAUUCUAUAUGGAAGAUGGAAGAAGAUAAAAGUAAGAUGUCUUCCUUUGCAAAUGAUCAGUUUCCUUUCUGUUUCCAACACAGUAGAUCACCAUGGUCUUCAGGUUAAUUAGGAUUCCAUUCAUUCGUUGAAAAUCUAUAUAUAUGUAUGUUAUAUAGUUAUAUAAAUACAGAAUAAAACCUAACGACUGUAAUCUCUUUGUUGAUGAACACAAAAAGAACAUCCUAAGUCUUUGUAAUAAUCUCUCAUGUGUUGUGGUAAUCAGCUAUCCUGAGUUUGUGCUUUGUUUUUUUUUUCGUUUUUAUUUUGGUCAACUAGUUUGUACUUUGUUUAAUAUAUUAGUUUCCGGAGUGAAUGAGAAUAAGUCUUUUUGUGAA